AUGGAACCUUUUUCUCUGUAUGACAUCACUGCUGUUGUUUACACCAAAUCCACCGAGAGAAUAAUUUCACCCAUGGUUGCUGAACUUUACCACUUAAUUAUAGCAAUACAAUGGGGAGAAGUGAAUCGUGAAGGUUUGGCUGGUUUACAGGAGGCAGCGGAGGAAUUAGCCAAAGCUACUGGACAGCUUUCCUCUACUGCAAGGAGGUAAUAUUUAUUUUUUUAAAGUAAAAUAGUUCAAUUUGAAAUUUGGGCUCAAACCAACCAACUAGCCAGCCAAAUUCCCCCAUAUAUUAAGUCAGGGACUGGGCUUGCCAAGUUGUCCUGCAGGGCCAUCGACAGAUGGGUAGAAAGAAUAGGAUUUUGAGAGGCCCAAGGCCAGCAGUGGCUCCAGUCUCUUAACGUUCAUUAAAAACAAAACAAAAAAGUCAAUUGGCCAUUUCUGAAGAAAGUUAGCAUGCAAAUUGUGGAGGUAGCUCUCAUGAUUCAGCACUCAUCAGGCAUUGCUAAGGACACCUAAUCCAUCACUGUUGCUAAGCCAUCAGAGGAAGCAAUGCUGGCUCAAGAGGGGGCCCUCCAGUGCUAUUUUUCUAGAAAAAGAGUUAUUGAGCUGAGUCCAAUACGACCUAGGACCCUCGUACCUAUGGGACCGCCUCUCCUGGUAUGCCCCAUGGAAGACCUUACAGUCCGCAAAUAAUAAUGUUAACUUGUGGGUGAACAUAUCAGACGACACAGCGAUUCUUCAAACAGCUCUUGUUAAGUCACAGGCCAGAACAGAACUGAACUGAAGGGUUCAGCCAGCCUGCUUAUAUAGAGCUCCAGUACAACGCAACUGUAACAACUUUCUGUAACUAUCCAAUCACUGAACGUCACUUUCAAUCCCUUAUUUGCAUAUGUGGACCUGAGUGAAAACUAUCUACAGUAUCCCCCUGCUGGCCCAGGGUGAGAACUUCAGUACAUAACAAAUAACAUCUUGGAGGCCUCAAGGAGGUUAGACUGGCCUCCACCAGACCCAAGGCCUUUUCGGCUGUGGCCCCGACCUGGUGGAAUGCUCUGCCACAAGAGACCAGGACCCUGUGAGAUCUGAUAUCUUUCCGCAGGGCCUGCAAGAUGGAGCUAUUCCGCCAGGCCUUUGGUCAGGGUCCAGUCUGACUCCCCCUCUCUCCUUAUAAGAACUUGAAUGAAAGUCCCCCCCCCCCACGUUUCUCACAGGCUCAUAUAAGAUCAGUAAAAACAGUUAGGCUGGUGAGCAUUUAAGGUUCCCAGCCCCAAUCUGCAGUUUGCCAUCUGAUUGGAUUUCACUUUGAUUCUGAUUUGAUUUUAGGAUGUAUUUUAAUUGAUUGCCUGAUUUUAUGUAUUUGAUGUUAGCCGCUCUGAGCCCGAUUUUGGCUGGGGAGGGCAGGGUAAUAAUAAUAAUAAUAAUAAUAAUAAUAAUAAUAAUAUUUAUUGCUGUUGUUGUUACUAUUAUAAUCUUUUGCCUGAUUCUAGGCUGGCUGAAGAAUCUGAUGAUGAGGUGCUAAAGCGGGAAAUGGCACCCGCAGCUGAAUCUCUCCUGAUCUCUGGAGAAAACAUCCUCUUGGUUUCUCAGAAGCUUCUCAUUCAACCUGAUGCCAAGAACUGCCUAGAGGAACUGGCUGCAUCUGCAAAAAGGAUCCUUGUGGAAACCAUAAAAGUACGACAAACGUAUUUCCAGUGUGUUUAAACACAAACAGGCUCACUCACCAGUGUUUCAGUGAUGUUUUAUUCGCCAGUUAAUUGCUACAAACUGCUGGAUGCAACCUCAGGCUUCUUCUAUAUGGCAUUAUAUGCCUCCCUAGGCCUUCUUCCUGAGCCAGUGGGGAGUUGGGGGCAGGCCUUGCAGUAUCCCAAGAGAGGCUGGUCCCUGCUGGGCGCAGGGCACCAUAACUGGUGGACCAUGCUGCUCAUCAGGGAGGAACAAAGCUUGUAGCGUUUACAUACAUGCCCAGACUUCAUCACACUGUGAAUUUGUAUUUAUAUUACUCCAGACUGCAGCAGACCCUCCAAGUGUCCCUGUUUUCCAGGGACAGUCCCUGUUUCCCAGAAUCUGAUUUGAUCCCAGGAUGUCUCACUUUUCCUUAGGACGUCCCUAUUUUCAUCAGAGAAAUGUUGGAGGGUAUGGAGUUAUCUGACCCCCGAGCCAAGGAGAUCAGUAACUAUACAACCUUUAGAAGACAUCUGAAGGCAGCCCUGUAAAGUGGUACCUCGGGUUACAGACGCUUCAGGUUACAGACGCUUCAGGUUACAGACUCCGCUAACCCAGAAAUAGUACCUCGGGUUAAGAACUUAGCUUCAGGAUGAGAACAGAAAUCACAUGACGGCGGCGCAGCAGCAGCAGGAGGCCCCAUUAGCUAAAGUGGUGCUUCAGGUUAAGAACAGUUUCAGGUUAAGAACGGACCUCUGGAACGAAUUAAGUACUUAACUCGAGGUACCACUGUAUAGGGAAGCUUUUAAAUGUUUGAUUAUGUUUUUAUAUAUGUUGGAAACUGCCUAGAGCAGCUGGGGCAACCCCAUCAGAUCAGCAGGAUAUAUAUAAAAUAAAAUUAUUGUUAUUAUUUUUAUGGAGUAGGACGUCCCUGUUUUCACUGGAGAAAUGUUGGAGGGUAUGCUACAGUCAUCAUUCAUGUUGCUCAUGAUGGGCAGGCGAGUGGUGGCGGCAGCAACAUGACAGGGGGAGCAUGGCAAGGCCUGCCUACCUGCUUGCUCACUUCACUUGUUGUUGUCACACUGAGGUUCACCUGGCCACCUAGUGGUGGCCAUGCAAACUACAGCAUGACGACUUUUUUCUUGCAAUAAUAUUAUAUAGGUAAUAUAUGAAAAUGAAAUCCCAUCUUUGGAAAGUUAGGAGAGCGUAGGGGAAUCUUUUUCAACCCAGGGGGCCUCAUUCCCUUCUGAGCAACCUUCUGGGCACCACCACAUGCUGGUGGUGGGCAGGGCCAGGUGCAAAAGUGGGUGGAGCAACGGAUGUAAUUUUUCCCUUUGUACAGCAGCUAGUUUCUGCACCCACUCGCACACCCCUCUCUUUUCUUUAUCCAGGCAAGCAAGAGGCAUUGUCUGAGUUUAAGGACACAUUCUAGCUGGGCCAAAGUACUCAAGGUACUAAGCAGUACCUUGAGGCAUGUGGUCUGGGUAGAAAGAGGAGCUUGGAAGGUUGCAUUCAGCUUCUAGGCUUGAGGUUCCCCAUCCCUGCAUUUAGGAUAAUCACACUAUUGUUGUUGUUUAGUCGUUUAGUCGUGUCCGACUCUUCGUGAGCCCAUGGACCAGAGCACGCCAGGCACUCCUGUCUUCCACUGCCUCCCGCAGUUUGGUCAAACUCAUGCUGGUAGCUUCGAGAACACUGUCCAACCAUCUCGUCCUCUGUCGUCCCCUUCUCCUUGUGCCCUCCAUCUUUCCCAGCAUCAGGGUCUUUUCCAGGAGUCUUCUCUUCUCAUGAGGUGGCCAAAGUAUUGGAGCCUCAGCUUCAGGAUCUGUCCUUCCAGUGAGCACUCAGGGCUGAUUUCCUUAAGAAUGGAGAGGUUUGAUCUUCUUGCAGUCCAUGGGACUCUCAAGAGUCUCCUCCAGCACCAUAAUUCAAAAGCAUGACACUAUAAGAGUUGCCAAAUAGAUUAUUGCAACUAUGCUGACCUUUUAAAUUUUAUUUUUAUUUUUAUUUUAAUCCUGACCUUCAUAAAAUGAGAUGACAGCACAGGAGAGCUGCUAAUAUACCUGUGCUUUUAACAUUAUAACUAGUAUUUACACAUCAACAUUCUCAAAAUGCAGGUGGUGUUUAAUCACCCAAAAUGAUUGUUCCAAUGCAAUUAAAAAAUAGUAAUACAUAUGUUCUUAAUUAAUUUACUAGGUCCUCCAAGCAGAAGAUGAUGCCCUGGUUAGGAAGAUAAUUCAAGCUGCCCACUGGCUUUUCAACUGCCUCCUUGUACUGGAACCUGCUGAAGACGUAUCCGCAAUGCUGGUCACUUUCCGCAGCUUUUCGGAGGCUUUGUUGCUGCUGACCAAAUUGACAGAAAGACUUCUUUGGGAUCUGAAAGAAUCUUGUCGGAAGCACUUGGCUCAAACCCUACAGCUCCUUAAAAACUGCAUUCCGAUGCUGUACACAGCAAAACUCAGCAGCUUAAAGCAUCCUGGUGAUGAGCAAGUGGAAGUCUCGAAAAGCUAUAUUUUUGGCUUGGCAAGGAGCACGGUGAAGGAAUUGAUCUCCCAGCUGAGGAACAAGGUGGGAACAAAGAAACUACAUGAAAGAACCGGGCUCUUUCCUCACCACUUGCACAAUGUUUUGAGCCUACUGUCCAGACCUCAGUCUAACAAGGGUGAGAUAAGCUUCAUUGUAGAAUCAUUAGUAUUCUACUGCAUGCUGUUAGCUGACUCGUCAAGAGGACCUGUGAAGCUCAGUCUGGUCCAGCACUGCCAUCGCCUCCUGAAGUUCAGAAAGAUGAUUGCCACAAAUGAGGGCACAUUGGAGGGUUUCCCAGUGGAAAACCAGAGAGGGGGUAGUAUAGAAGAGAAAUGUUCUGCCAUGAGAGCAGAGAUGGAAAAUCUUGAUCAAGCAGUACGUACUGCUGUUCUCUAUCAGGUUCUGGACAAUUUUGUGGAGACCAAAGGACCCAUGAAGAGGUUGGUGGAAGCUGCCAUGCAACCAUGUUCUCCUGCUGAAAAUGGAGGAUUCCUAAGAAAGCUGAAGCCUCUCACUACUGAAUUCUUCAACCAUUCCAACCAGAUGCUCAAAGCGACAAAUUUUGUUCUAGUCACCUGCACCGAAAGGAAAACCAUUCAAAGCAUCGAAGGCUGUGUAGACCAUCUGAGUAGACUUCUUGCCACUGUGCCUGCCCUUCUCAGUGAAAUGAGCCACCCUCCAGGUCGUAAGGGUGCACCCGAAAAAUUGCACUUCCUGUGUCAGACGUGGUUGAGCACAACCGAAAGCCUGCUGAUGUGUUUGGACAAAGUAGUUGAUCUGCGUGAAUUCCUCAAAUUAUGUCUGCAGGACAUGGUGGAGCACAAGGCAGGGAGUGAAAAGGCCUUAGAGGAGCAGCAGUCUGGAGAGUUUUCUCAGCACGCAUCCAGUCUUUCCAAAAGAGCUGUGCAAGUUGUUGAGUUUAUUAGCAGACAUCUGGACAGAGCCAGAGAUCCCAUUUUCCGGAAUGGACUGCUGGUUCCAAUUAAGCAACUGGAAAAUGCCAUACCGCAGGUGAAGGUUGCUGCAGAUCAGUGCCUGGCAAGAAUGGCUAGUCUGCAAGCCAAAGAUGAAUAUUCAAAGAGGACAAAAGAUUUGAUGGAAGCUGCUUGCAAUGUCAGACUGGGACUGGAUGAAUGCAAUCAGCCAGAUAUUCUCAGCCCACUUCGGGUGGGUGUUCGAAGCGGCAUUCUUUUCAAAGAUGUUCCAGAUUGUUUCACUCCCCAGGACCUUAUAGAGCUUGACACACAAAGCACCACGAAGCAAAGUAGUUCAAACAAUUCAGAAUUACUGGAAGAGCUCUCAGGCAGGUCUAUCCCUGUCUACAGUUCUUCCCCCCCAAAUCCUAGUGGCAGUGAUUUAUUUUCUGAAGGUGCAAGUGAAAAGAUGGAUAUGCACACUCUGAUCAGUGAGAUCCUAGCAGCUACAAAGACACACAAUGUCACAAGUCUGAACAGUGCUUGCUCUGACUUAUUGGAGCUUUCCAGUUGCUGGGUUGAUGCUGCUAAAGAGGCCUUGCAGGUUUCUAAGCUGCCUGUGUCAGAGGAACUGUUGCAAUACAGAGAAAUAGUGACAUUAAUCCCUUGUCUUAUUAGCUCAGCCAGAGAGGUAGACUCAAACUCUAUUCCUUGCACAGAGACACUUCAGCAAACAGCAGUUUUGCUCUCGGAGAGAAUCGAUGCAGUUAAGCAAGGUCUGACCGUUGUUGCAAGUUCUUGGUACAGCCUGGCUAGGCAGUUAAUUUGCAUUCAAUCCUCUCCCGAAUUUUCUGACAAUGCUAAAGUGUUAGGCGAGAUCAUGGAGAUUUUACAAGCUGUUGUUCAGCUGGCUGGCAAAGCCACUCGUCUAGAACACGACGAGGGGCUCCCUGAGCUUCCCAGACUUCAUGAAACUUUUCUGCGAGUUCAAGCUAAACUAAUUUGUGUGCAAGCCAGGACAAAACUCUUGCUUGAAAAGGCGCUGGCUGUUAAUCAGCCCCGCUCCAGCAACAAAGCUGAGCUGGAAACAAUGGAUGCCCAUUGCCUCUUGUGGUCUGUCACCAUCCAAGCAUUCCUAAACUCUGUAGACCAGUUUAUAGGAAGAGACGUAUUGUCCUUAACCGAGUUGCGAGCCAAAACAAAGCACCCGCUUUGCUUGCAGAGCAGCCUGGCAGCAGUAUCAGAAAGUUCCCUUCGAAUACAGGAAGCAAGCAGGCUGUCGCUUCUGUCGUGUGCUGAACACAGCGCUAAGCAUGAGGUUACAGCACUAAAGGAGCAGAUGAAAAUACUGACAUACUCCCUGCUUGGAGUUGCCGAUGUUCUGACUGCCUCCCCGCUGCCUGCCCCCAAUUUGUUAGUUCGUUUUGAGCUUCUCCAAAGGGAACUUGCCAUAACAGCCAAAGUCCUUCUGCUUCAGAUGAGUGUGAUCAAUGGAGAAUACUUGAGUAGCAUCCGAAGCAUCAUCAGCCGAACCCAGCCUGUGCCACGUGACAAGGAGGCCUUUGAGAAACAUGCGGAUGAGCUCCGGGCAAAUAUCCAGAUGGUCAAAAAGACCAUCGGUGAUGCUCUGGAGAGCCUUUCUUCUGAGGAACUGAGAGGGAACUUACUCUCCACGGCAGACUGCCUUCUGCUCCUCACUGAUGAAGUGAUCAGGAGAGCUGGGGAACUCCAAAGCCAGCUAGACAAGGAGCAUCUUCUCGGAGACAGUGUUUUAUACGAGUGGUCUGCUACAGCAGCUUAUCUUGUGAAACAGCUUCAGUCCGUAAAGGGUGCAGGUGAAGCAGUUGUGGAGCACGUGAGGAGGUGCUUGCAAAACAAGGAGGGGCACAUGCCUUCCAGCCAAUCUGCCUGUCAGCUGCAACCCCCCUUACAGAAAGAACUGGGUAGUGCAAAGGACCAGAGUCCCGUGACACCAAAGCACAAAGCCACUAAGACUGGGCAAGGCCUGUUGCUUGCUAAGGACGUUACCAAAACGGUAAGAUGGUUCGUAUCUCCGAUAGCUCUUUAGCAGUUAUUGAGGAUGUGCUUUGCCAGUGAUACCACUGUUUUCUCACCAGUUACAUCAGGAUAUGGUGAGAGGAGCAGAACUGCUCCAACUUAUUGCAAGAUCUUUUCUGAAAAAUCCAUUCUUUUAGCCUCACCAGUUUCCCUUAUGGGAAGUGGGUUUUGGAGCAAACAAAUAUGGGUUUUGUGUUUGGGGGCUCAGAAGCCAUCUCCACCCUUCCCUCGGCAAUUUACUAGCCCUUCAGCCUAUCCUGCUUCUCUUCUGUGACGUGUGUUUUGUGAAUCUAACUACAUCCACAGGCCACAUGUUCCCCCCCUUGGGAUAAUGUACCCUUCCCCAACUCCAGAUUGCUGCCUGGCUGGCCAUGCUGGCUGAGGCUGAUGGAUUAACAUGCAAAACAUCUGGAGGCAUCAGGUUGGGAGGGGGCUGGCAUAGGGAAACAAACAUGCAGAACUGGCCAUGGUUUUGCUUGGUAAAAAUACCCGCACACCGCUACUUCUCCCAAUAGCAGAAGAAUAAACUUGCUGCUGGGCUCUGAAGAGCAACAGGUAAUUUGUUUUCAACCCACAAAAGAACCUCGUUGCAGCAAAUCACAAAUAUGACUCUGCUUUCUGGGCCCAUAUCCAAGCAGAGGCCCCUCUUUACUUGUAUGCCACUGAAAAAGACUUUAAAAGUCGAAACACAGAAUCGUUACCCUCAGAAUACAGUUGUUUUGUACAGUGAAUUGUAUUCAUACCUUGUAUCUCACUGACGUGUGGUUACAUACUCUCGUUUGUUAAUACCAAUGUUUAUAUAUGCUUGGGUAUCUGGCUAUAAGAUUGUCCUAUAUAUGAUAUAGAAAUGUAUUUAAUUUAUUGAGUACCUGGAUUUCGUUCUUUGCAUUUUAUGAAGAGGACACGCUGCAUAUUCUCUAGGCUGGAAUUUCCUCUUUUGCUUUCUCCAUCAGCCCCUGGAAGAUCCGCAAAGUGGUUUCAAGCCCAGUCACUCUGAACGCAACUUGAGAGCCAGCCCUGCUACCUUGCCGGGAGACUCUGAGAAGUCGGGGCACGACGGCUGUCCAAUUGCACAAGUCACCCAGCAGAUGACAACUCAGAUGUCCUACAUGGCCAAGUUUCUAAAAAGGAAGGGGCCAAUCGCGGUACUUCCCCAUUAAUGUUUUUUCUUUCGGGAAAGAAGACCAGGGCAAAAGCUCAGAAGGCCACCAUAUUGUUCCUUCUCAACAGACUCUGCCCUUUCUCAUUUCUCUACAGUGCUGCCUUUGUUAUUCUACUGUGCAAACUCCCGGAGAAACUUCACCUAUUCAAUAAAUAUGCCAAGCUGGCUUGCAGGGAGCUCAUCUGUGCCUUUUGUUUUGCUUUCCUUUGCUGUCUUUUGGCUGGUUAUGCCUUUCAGAUGCCUGUACCUGGUCACUCUGCCUUGUCACUCUGGACAACACUCUCCUUAACCUCAGCUGAAAUGUUUAAAUAGUCCACAUUCCCCUCCACAUAGAAAACUAUUCUAUCAGGAAGAAUGCUCCAACCUAGCCUUUAUCCUUAACCUGCUGCCUUUCUAGAUGUGGUGUGGGGAGGUUUGGGGCAUCCAGAUGUUGUUGAACUACAAACUCCUGCCAGCCCUAGACAUUGGCCAUGCUUGCUAGAGCCAAUGUGAGUUCUAGUUCAGCAACAUCCAGAGGACCAAGGGUUCCCCACUCCCGUUUCCAGAUGCAGGGAGCUUUUUAUAAUGAUAUUAUUCCUCAACUGCAGGUUAUAGACACUGUCUCUUAAGCCCUGUUCUGAGUUCUUUGGAUAAAGAGUAGAGUGUGAAUGUAUUAGUGGAUAUGAGGACUGACUUUGUGUUGUGGGGUUUUCUUUUGGAACUGCUUCCCAUUUAGACCAAGGAACAACUCAUUUCCUGUGCCGCACAGAUCAUUUCUGGAGGGGAAGCCCUGGUAAAGUUUGCAGGCAUCAUUGCGAAGAACUGUCUAGACGAAAGAUGUGCGACCGAACUGCUGUAUGCCAUGGAGCAAACCAAGACCAUUAGCUACCAGCUUAGCAUCGUUUCCAGGUAACUGGCUCUUUCAAACAUGUUCUCUGAUUCUUUCCAUAGGGUAACAUGCUUUGCAUUUUAUCCAUGGCACAAUUUAUUGCUAGGGGAGAGAUUUAUUGCAUAUCUCUCUGUGUAGAGCUGAGGAAACUGUGGCCCUCCAGAUAUUCAUAGCCUCCAGAUCUCAUUAGUUGCCUGCCCCCCGGGGAGCUGGGACAGAUGAUGGUCUGGACUGGAGGGCAAAAGGUUCCAAGCCCCAUUCUAGUGGAUGAGGGAGGGAGUUGCAGCAGUGAACACACUUACUGUGUUUGUUCUUGUAAACAGGAUUGGUUGAGCACUUCAGUGCUGGCUUUUCAGCACUGGUACCCAGGAAAAGUGAAUCAUCUUUCUUUAGUCGAUUUAAAAGUUGUUGUUUUUUUUAAUCACCCUUGAUCCUUAUGUUUAUCAGGAUGGCCUUAUCGGGGCAGAAUUACAACAAUAUUACAUAAAUAAAAGAGUAAUCAAUAGAACACCCCAAAAACAUCUCUAGAGGGUUUAGAUCAGGAAAACAAUGCAUGAGUAGGGCUCAACACUUCCUCCAGCCAUAGAAACCCCAUGUCACACCUUAGGUGCACCCCAUAAUGCUUUCUUUCUGUACUUCCAAGGGUAAAUGCAUCAACAGGUAAAAGCAGGUCAUCUGCCGAGCACCUUGUGAGCAAUGCACAGAACCUAAUCCAGGUGGCUCUUCAGAUGUUAAAGGCUGCAGAAGUGGCUUGCGUCAAAGUAAGUAACCUUUUAUUUACAUACAAAGCAGGGGUUUGGGGGUCCUUACAUUAAAAAGACUAUGUGACUAUCUUAAAAAGACUCUUCCCUCAUGUUACCUCGCUGCAAUUUGUUGCUUCAAGGCAGGAGUGGCUAGAGUCUAGACCUUUUUGGUUCACAUGGACUACAUUCACCCUUGGGCCAGUCAUUUUAAACUGGUUUAGAUGAACCCAUGGUUUCAAGUUGGCUUUAGCCACCAGUUCAAAUUAACCACAUUUUGUCAGUUGUGGCAAUGCCACAAGCUUGUGGUUAAGCAAAAGUGGAAGCUUCUGCACCCCUCACAGCUGUGCCAGAUGAGAGAGUAGUGAAGAGUAUGUGAACUCAAGGUUUGCCUUGGCUUUUCACAUCACAUUGAACUAAGUGUUUUGAUCUUGGGAUUUGACAUACUCAGGAAAGUGAGCAUUUUCUCACUCAUCUCUUUUGUCAACCACCCUGAGAUUGUGAAUUGUUUUGCCUGCAUCUGCUUAAUUCUAAAGCCCCUGUUUCCUGAAUGUAUUAGUUUCACUUUCAAACAGCAUUACUCUUUCCUUGCUUCGCUUUUCUGCAGGGUUUGCGUCAACCGGCCCCUAAUUCAGAAGAAGCCAAUGUAGCUGCAUUUUGCAGCAGGUGGAGGAAAAGUCUGUGGUGGCACAGGGCCAAGGAAGCUUUAAAUUCAGACAGAGAUGAACUGGGACUUCGCAAAAAGGGAUCGUGGACCGAACCCACAUUCACAUCCAUGACCCAAGAACUAUCAGCUCCUUAGUCAGAACUGCUCUAAAUCUAAAUGCUUUGCUGUUUCUGCCCAGAAGCAGGUUACUGACAUUGGUUAUGCUCCAACUUGUGGAAAGAGACAUCACACUCAGAAUAAUUUAGUCUGCCCAUUAUAGUUGCUGUGGACGUAGUGCCCAAGUUCAAUGCACAAAUGUACUCGCCGCUAUGGUCACAAUUAUUCACAUGCUUAGCUGUUGCCUAUCCUCAAAGUUGCAACUCUGCCCUUGCCUUUCAAUAUGCCUAUCUUGUUUGUUUCAGAUGGCUUCAACUUCACUACCAUUCACCCCUCCCCCAUGUCAGGUAGUAGAAAGAAUACCAAAGUUGGGAGACAUGGGUUCAAACCGCUGCUUGGCCAUGACUCUCACUAUAUCUCAGGCUAACGUACCACACAGGGUUAUUGUGGGUAGGAGGAAAUGACCAGGCAGUCCAACAAGUAUAUACACCUUAGGAGGGAAGGGGGAGAAAGUAGAUAAAAUCUACAAUGCAGAUUUCCCAGC